UCACCUCUCCCGGAGAUUCGCUGAGGCAAAGAAACGCAUUAAAAUCUCGCCUCCGCCAUUCCUCCCUCCCAUAUCCGCUCUCCCCAAAACUCCCCCCCCAAACCCCCAAUCGCGCGAGCACGCACGCACGCGAAUCCAACCCUACUCCGACUCGCACGAAACCCUAACCCUAGGUUGGCCAUGGCCGGCGACGGGACCGACGCCGCCUUCGUGGACGAGGUGGAGCCGACGGUCACCAUCAGCGAGUACAUGGACGGUAUCGAGGCCGAGGAGCUGGAGGCGGAUUUGGUGCUGGGCGGGGACGACGGCAACGAGUGCACCUACGGCGCCGGCUACCUCAAGCGCCAGGCCGUCUUCUCCUGCCUCACCUGCGUGCCCGACGGCGUCGCCGGGGUCUGCACCGCCUGUUGCCUCGCCUGCCACGACGGCCACGAGGUUGUUGAACUUUGGACGAAGCGAAAUUUUCGUUGCGACUGUGGCAACUCAAAGUUUGGAGGACACCUCUGCAAACUUAGCCCUGAGAAAGAUCCUGAAAAUCCAGCAAAUUCUUAUAAUCAGAACUUCAAGGGUUCCUACUGCACAUGCAGUAGGCCCUAUCCUGAUCCAGAAGCCAAGGAGCAAGUUGAAAUGAUACAGUGCUGUAUUUGUGAGGACUGGUUUCAUGAAGAUCAUAUUGGGCUUGACUCUUUGGAGAAGAUACCAAGAGAUGAGGAAGGGGAGCCACUGUAUGAAGAAUUCAUAUGCCAUCAAUGCUCGCCUGUUUGUUAUUUCUUGAAACUCUAUCCUGAUACGAUCUGGGCUUCUAGUAAGCAGAGUUCUGCAUCAGAAGCUGUUACUGCUGAUUCAAAUGGUAUGGAAGGAGGUUCUUCAGGUCAUGCUGACACUGAGAAAAAUGAAAACGGUGCUCCUGUAGACCGUCAAAGCAUUGAAAAUACCUCUGUCGAGGAGAACUGUACAAAAGACAUUGCAGCUUCAGAUAAGUCCAUUUUGGGUGACAAUUCAGGUGGCAACUGUAAGAUAGGAGUGGAUAUAAAUACAACAUCAGCUGAUUCAGAGAAAACUAUGCCCUUUUUCAUGUCAAAAGGCUGGAGAGAGACCCUGUGUAAAUGUGGGACAUGCACCAACUUCUAUGCGCAACGAGGCAUUGCACAUCUUACUGAUAAGGAGGACUCUAUUGAGGAAUAUGAGAAGAUAGCGAAGCAGAAAAGGGAGAAGAAGUUGGAGCAGCAGGAAGGAGCUGAAGCUAACUUCAUCAAUUCACUUAACCAUGUUCAGAAGAUAGAGAUUCUGAGUGGCAUCAAUGACAUGAAAAAUGAGUUUCAAUCCUUUAUGGUAAAAUUCUCUGCUUAUUUGUCUGUUGGUCACUUGUCCGUAAGUUGUUUGUUAUUUCUACAUGCACUGAUACCUGUAGCUUGUGUGCCUCCAUGCUUGUGCUAUCUAUUCACCAAAAUUAGACCAACAACUAUACUAAUACAGAGAAAGGGUUCAAGGUCAGCUUAGUUCAAAGUCCAUCAGUACUCCUAGCUUCUUAGCAAUACAACAAUAACAAUAGCUUAUAUCAGUCACAGUAAAUUCUGAUUUUAAAUCACCAUUGUCAAUUGGCUAUAUAAUAGAGUCAGUUAUUGUUAGCAUUUAGCAACAUGAUCUAGUUACUGGUUAAUUAAAAGUAAGUGCUGCAAUAAAUACCUAAUCAAAUAACCUGGCAGCAACCAUGGUGGCAUGGCUUUAUUAUCAAUACCUAAUUACAUGUUUAAAACUUAGAAGUUCUGCUCCUUGUUCUAAAUAUAGGAGAAUAGAUUAUUCACAAUUUCUCUCAUGGUGAGCUGUGAAUUAUACACUAAGCGGUGUUAAUUAGAAAAUCCCAUUUCAUUGUUCAGAUCUGCCCAUGUGAUUUAUGUUCACUACAAUUCCAUUUCAACAUGAUGGCAAAAUUAUGUCCUUUUCCUUUUGUUCUUAAGCUGUGCAGUUUAUGCACAUUUAUGGUUCAUUUCUUUUGUUCAUCUACCUGAUGGGUGUUUAUUUGUAACUUUGAGCAGGAAUCCUUUGAUCCAUCAAAACCAGUUACAUCUGAUGAUGUAAAAUCUAUUUUCGAGAAUCUUGCUAG